AAUUGAAUGAAUGAUUUUUUGUUUUGUUUUUGAAUAACAUUGCAAUUGUGUAUCGAAAUGACAGUUAAUAUUAAUUAAUUGAUGUCUUCAUUAAAAUUCAAUUCAAUUCAAGUGUCUUAUUAAGUGACCACCAAUUGUGACCAACUGUACGGUGAUUUCGGACAGAGAACAACAAUGUCUUCGACAUCCAAUGACAAUGGCAUCGACUUCAACAGUAUCAUCAAAACUGACGCCACAUUUAUUACACCAAACGAUAAGUUUAACAGUUUUACAGUUCAACUGUCAAUCGGAUCCAAAUCUGCUGAUAAAGUGACCGCCGGUGCAGAUAGCGAUGGUAAUGGCCAACAAGUGACCACCGGCAAAGAGCCGAAAGUAAGCACUAAGAGAACCGAUGAUAAACAUAGUGAUAGCAAAAAGUUUGUCGACUUUGUUGUUAAUCAAUAUAAAAGCGAUGGUAUUGUCUGUACACUCGAUGAUAAUGACCAUCAAAUCUAUUAUUGUUAUUACUGUCAUCAGUAUAUCAACGACUUUGAUCUCAUUCAACAGCAUUUAGACACAGCUAUUCAUCUUAGGAACGUUUUGAAUGGUAUAUCACUUUCUCGAGGUUUAGAUAAAGAGUUUGUCGUUGUCUCUAAUGAAGAGAAACCUAAAGAUGUAGCGAAAAUGAUUUACAAACAGUUAUCUCGAAUGCCAUUUCAUCUGAAACUCUAUUACUUCAGAAACGGCAUCCGACUCAUGGAUAUAAAGCCACCAAAUGCUUACUACUGUGAGUUUUGCAAACAAACUAUUGAAAAAUAUAAGGAAAUUGAUAGACAUUUAUCAACCGAAAGUCAUUUAUUGAAGAGACAAAAACCAAAGCAAUCAUUAGAUGAUUUGAUAGCUAAAGCUGAAGACGAAACCAUUAAUGUUUGUCUUAAUUAUAUCAGUGAAGAUGAAAUCGAUGGUAUGAUUGUCUAUGAGUGCGAACUAUGCAAUUGGUUUGAUUGUGAUUCGCACAAAAUGUUUGGACACAUCCAGAGUUUUAAACACAGAGUUACUCUUCUGAAAAAUCAUGGCUACGAACUCGAUAACUGUUCGGAACCCGAAGUACUCGACCUCUUAACUGGAAUGUUAGCCAUUUAUGGCAAGAGUGUCAUUAAAAAGGCCAGUGAUAAGAAAUUAGAUAAAAGUUCCGCUACAACGCCCACAAGUCAUUCAGCACAUUCACCACCGAAAGAGGAUGACAUCAAAUCACCGCAUACCCCACCAUCAAUUGGUUCACUAUCACCCAAACAACUCAUUCAAGAUAUUAAUUUUUUCAUCAAAAAUGACAUUUUGUUGGCCGGCUUUGAGUCGCAUAAAAUAAUCCAAACUCUGGAAAGUGAUGGCCGAGCAAUCUUCUACUGUUGUUUCUGUGAUCAAUACUAUACAACAUACGAGUCGAUGGAAAGGCAUGUUGACGAGUCUGCACAUAAAAAAUUAAUAACAAAUGUAAAUAUUAGUCAAAAAGGUUUAAACACUAGAUUUAUGAUGAAAAACAUUACAGAAACCAACGAUCCAUUAAUUGCAUUUGAAUUGGAUUUAUUAAAUACAAUACCAAUUGUAAUAAAACAUUUUUAUUUUAAAAGAGGUAUCAAAUAUUUUGGAGGCCAACGAUACUAUUGUAGGUUUUGUCAGAAAUUAAUCGAUUCUUUUACCGCAAUUGAAGAACAUUUUCAAAGUGAAUCUCAUAUGAAAAUUGAAGAAAAUCCUACAAAAUUUAAUGACCUAUUGGUUCAAACGGAUCAACCGUUAAUUGGCCUAAAGUUUAUCAGUGAAUUGUUUAACGAGACAUCCAAACAACUUCAAUAUGAGUGCACUCUUUGUGAUUAUAAUAACGAUAUCUAUCAAAUGUUUCAGCAUUUGAGCUCUUAUUUACAUCAUUAUAAAAUUUUGAAAAAGUUGACACCAAAUAAUGAAAUAUUUCAAGAGAUCAAUAAAAACGAGGUAUCGCUGAAAUCAUCGGAACUGUUAAAGAAAGAAAUCGAUAGAUUAGAGCGAAACUAUGGCUGCGGUUUUCCCAAAAGAGAUUUCAAUGAUUCAAAUGCAGCGUUGAUUAGGUCGAGGAAGAGAAGUUACAGUUCAGAUGAUAGCAACGGUGGUCACCGACCAGGUUCUCAGUUAUCACAAUACAGUCAACACCAGUCUAGUAAUGAACAACAUAUGGAUACUAUAGUUGAACAGCAAAUGGAUAUUAAUGAAGAACAACUCAUAAAAAUCAAAGAAGAGAAUCCAGUCAUUGAUAUUAAACAGGAACAGCUUAUGGAUGACAUAAAAGAUGAGUCCAACAGUUAUGAAACUUUUAGUUUUAAUGAGAUAAAAGAAGAGGUGAUUAGUGGUCAAAAUGUUUUAACUGAUGAGGAACUGCUGACCCGAUUGUCGAGACUUUUAGAUGGAAAAGUGUUUAAUGAAUACGACGCCGCAGCUGUUGUCACAAUAAUUGAGUCAUUAAAAGAUAAUCUAAUCAAAUACUACUCAAAACAACCAACUGAUCCACCGAUGCCUUCAAGUGCUAAUCAAACUGUAAUGGAUAUUAAAAUCAAAACUGAAAAUGACUGUCAAAUAAUAGAAUUGGAUUAA